AUGGCCUGGAACACCACUCGCUGGCGACUGCCGCUCGCCUGCCUGCUCCUGCAGGUGCUCACCGUGGUCCUCUUCGGCGUGUUCGUGCGCUACGACGCGGAGGCCGAUGCCCACUGGAGGACCGAGAAGAAGAUCAGGAACAUCUCCAGCGACCUGGAGAACGAAUUCUACUACCGCUACCCGAGCUUCCAGGACGUGCACGUGAUGGUGUUCGUGGGCUUUGGCUUCCUCAUGACCUUCCUACAACGCUAUGGGUUCAGCGCUGUGGGCUUCAACUUCCUGCUGGCGGCCUUCGGCAUCCAGUGGGCGCUCCUCAUCCAGGGCUGGUUGCAGUCCCGGCAAAACGGCUACAUCUUCCUGGGCGUGGAGAGCCUCAUCAAGGCCGACUUCUGUGUGGCCUCUGUCUGCGUGGCCUUUGGGGCAGUUCUGGGCAAGGUCAGCCCCAUCCAGUUGCUCAUCAUGACCCUCUUCCAAGUGACCCUGUUUGCAAUCAAUGAGUUUAUUCUCCUCAACCUGCUGGAGGUGAAGGAUGCAGGGGGCUCCAUGACCAUCCAUAUAUUUGGCGCCUAUUUUGGGCUCACAGUGACCUGGAUCCUCUACCGACGCAACCUAGAACAGAGCAAGCAGAGGCAGAGUUCCGUGUACCACUCAGACCUCUUUGCCAUGAUAGGGACCCUCUUCCUGUGGAUGUACUGGCCCAGCUUCAACUCAGCCGGGUCCGAACAUGGGGACACUCAGCACCGAGCUGUCAUUAACACCUACUGCUCCUUGGCAGCCAGCGUGCUUACCUCGGUGGCAGUGUCCAGUGCUGUGCACAAGAAGGGCAAGCUGAACAUGGUGCACAUCCAGAAUGCCACGCUCGCCGGAGGGGUGGGCGUGGGCACUGCUGCGGAGAUGAUGCUUAUGCCUUAUGGGGCCCUCAUCGUGGGCUUCAUCUGUGGCACCUUCUCCACCCUGGGAUUUAUGUACCUGACGCCAUUCCUGGAGUCCCGACUGCGCGUCCAGGACACGUGUGGCAUCCACAACCUGCAUGGUAUCCCGGGCAUCAUAGGUGCCAUCGUGGGUGCUGUGACGGCGUCCUAUGCCACCCCUGAAGUAUAUGGAGAAUCAGGGCUUGUCCAUUACUUUGACUUUGAGGGUUUAAAGGAGAAGUGGACCACAAAGACUCAGGGCAAGUUCCAAGUGUUCGGCCUUCUCCUGACCUUGGCCAUGGCCCUGUUGGGCGGCACCAUCGUAGGGCUCAUUUUGAAAUUGCCAUUCUGGGGACAAGCUGCAGAUGAGAACUGCUUUGAGGACUCGGUCUACUGGGAGAUCGAUGAAGAGAACAGUGCUGUACACCUCCCUGAGGACCCCACCCUCAAGCCCCCGGCACCUGUGGUACCCUCAGACAGCUCCGUCUUACACACGGGGACUACUGCUGCUGCCUGUUCUACGGUGCACACCUGCAGGGGGCCCCCCAGGGCCUGGAACCCAGUGACCCACAUCUUCCAGGGAGACACCCUGGCGAGCGGUGGCAAGCGGGAGCAGCCUCUGGCCGAGCAGCUCACCCUCUGGUUGACAUUCCCUGCCCUCCGUCCUGCAGAGAAGCAUCUUCCAAGGGACUGGGCUUGGGAACAGCCAUGUGUCCCGGCACGGGCAAGGGAGGACUGGGAGCUGCGGGUCCCUGGCCUGUAUGAAUGGCUGGGGGCCGGGGAGACGAUGAAUAGAUCAGAAGUAGAGGGCCCGGGUCCUCAGCUGCCUCGGAGGGGCAGGAGGCUGCCAUCUGGAGCCUGGGAAACCCUCUCCGGCCGGCCCACAGGCAAGGGUGGAAGUCAGGGCCGCAGGGGGCUUUGUACCCGCACAAUUGCGGCCGCUCUUCUGGAUAAAGGGGUGGACAAAGAGGCCUUCAGAAGUGGCCACGCUGCUCGGCACCCAGGGAGGCCCCAGGAAGUCAGCUCUCGCUGGCCGCCCACCCAGCAUCCUCCCAACGCCCCCCACUGCCGCAUCAUGGGGGCCAGCUGGGCCCCAGCCACCCGCAGCCUGGGCAGCUGGGCCGGGAGUUAA